UGGCAAACGAGUAAUGAGGGUUCGAAAGGGUAUUAUUGGAAGAAGAAAAAGCGUGGAAGGUUCGAAAGCCUCUCGAGUCAAUCCCAAGUGAGCCCGGAAAGACACGGAGGAGUCCCAGUCGGACUGGUACGAGGAUUCAUCCUACACGUGGCCACAAGGUAGGGAUUUCUAUAUAAGCAGUUGCCUUCUCUUUCCCAUGCACGGUCGAUCCAGAGUUCGCCCGUGCCCUCUCGAUCGCCCUCUUCUCAUCUCCGCCAGACAGAGAGAACGAGAGAUGUGGCCGCUGGGGGAACCGCCGACCGAUAAGGAACUCGAGGUGGCUCGCAUUCUGUGCGAUCUCGAGGAACUCAUCCUCGAGGACGAAUUCCGCCGCAGCAACUUAUCCCUCGUCGCCGGUACGUCUAGCUGGGGCACCAAGAAGCCCCGCACUCUUCCUCCUACUCUUCCAAGUCUACCUUAUAAUGUUCCUCACCCUCCGCCUCCGACGGCCGACGAGGAGGGAGGAGACGUCUGCGGGGGCCCGCGCUCCGCCAGCCCCGUGACUCCAUUAUUGUUUUCUGGGGGCAACGGUGACAAAGACGAAGCCGGGCCGAGCGCGGUGGCGACCUCGGGUCACAGCAGGCAUAUUGUGGAAGACGACGCCGGGUCGAGCGCGGCACUCCCCUCACUUCCGGGGAAUCGUCCUGAGCACAACGACGGCGUGGCGACCUCGGGUCAGGGGAGGCAUACUGUGGUCGACGACGUCGGCCCGAGCGUGGCGCCGCCCUCGGUUCUGGGGAAUCGUUCCGAGCACGACGACGCGUUAGCGACCUCGCGACAGGAGACGCACACUGUGGACGGCGACGCCGGGUCGAGCGCGCCGCCGCCCUCGGUCCCUCGGAACCGUUCCGAGAACAACGACGCCGGGCCGAGAGGCGCGGCUCCCUUGCCUCGGGGGAAGCAGUUCAAGAACCCCAAGCGGUGGUGCAAGGAGGCGGCGGCUGCUCCUGCUCCUGCUCCUGAUCAUCACAUUAACCUGGACCUGGAGCUCCGCCUCUGCCAGCCAUCACCACCGGCACUCGUCCGCCAUCCGACGCUCGCCAGCGUCCGACCGCCGGAAGAGACGUCCGACGCGUUGCGGUGGGGAUGGGAGCUGCAAUUGCAGAUACAAAGCGAGGACAGGAAGGAGGCGUCGAGGUUGGCGAGGAAGCGGAGGAUGGAGAUACAGAGCGAGAAGAAGAUGCAGAAGAAAGCAAAGCGAUCCGACUGAAGCGAGGAGGUCGUGAUGAUCACUACGUUGCUUCCUCCUCCACAUGACGACUCCCUUUCUUUGGUUUCUUGUUGGAUUCCGACUAUAAAUUCGAGACUAUACGAAUGAAAUUGAAUUCAAAG